AUGGUGGCCCAGACACCUAGUUCAUCCCAGGGAGUAACUCCAAGUCAACGGCCUCCCCCAGCUCGGCCUAGUGCACCUUCCCAUACAUCAACCGCCAACUUCGAAGAAUCGAAUACGUCCACGACGCAGCAUCACCGAGUCCCUUCUUUCUCAGUACAGAAAGCGUCUGAUCCGCCUGUUGAAGCCGUAGCGCCAAAGUCUCCAGGUUACCUUUCACCCCGCGGACACCAUUCGCGCUCGAGUAGUGUCGGGAGCACUAGCGGGCGUGAGCUACCAUUCGAGAUCACUGAGGAUGAGCUCUUGCCUCGCAUUCUACCAGAGGAUACGGAAUGCAAAUUGCGCAUCACCUUUGACGUCCGAGAUGGCAAACCCAAUCAGCGACAGUUCAUCUUCCCGUCUCGGAAGGCCUGGGUCGCGCCGCCUUCGUACGAGCAACUCUACCAACAGAUCAUCGGCCAACUCAGCACCCACAAGAAAGAAAUCUUACAGAAUCCCCAGAACUUGGGGAUUGAAGUCUAUCGCCGGCAUGGGUCUUGCUUGGUGGUUGGGGCCAGACACGAAGGGCCAUACUCUGUCAUCGAAGACUACGACGCCGAAGUCCUGGAACAAAAGGCAAUCCAGAAUAUAUGUGGAUUCAUUCAUCUGUAUCCAUUCGAACCGUUCCGCCUGGAGAUUUGCCUCCAUUUUUCGUCCAUUCGCAAAACUCCUCAAGAGCCCGACGGAAAGUAUUUCAGGAUGGUUACUAACGAGAUCAACUCAAAGAUGUCUGACAACAACUUUCUAGACCAGGAAUUCCUACCUCGCAUUCACCGUGAUCAAUUGACAUCAGCCCACAUCAUAGAACAAAUCCUUGUUGAGGAGCCGCGACAUCUUCCGGAGAGGUUUGGUACUGACCGCAAGAGUCUUUCCCGUGUGAUCGUUGAGAAGGGUGCUUCCAUCUUGUUCAUCGCCUGCGUGUGCCGAUACAUGGAGAUCGAUCUGAUCCUACACCUGAUAUUCGAACAUAAAUACAACGACGCCAGCCUGCCACAGCUAGGUGAUGACGCAUGCCCAAAAGCGUCUUGCGACAGCUCCGUCAAAAACCUCCUCAAGCAGCUGAAGGCAUUUUUUGCUCGAAGCAUCGAGUGUGACGGUAAGAGACACGGUCUGGAAGAUGACGAGGUUAUGCCCAUUAUGAACAUCCCGAACUGUAGUACAGGAUCAAAGGAAACCAAACUCGGCGAGGGAUCAUAUGGCAGCGUGACGGCGGUUACAAUCGAUCAUUCGCACCAUUAUCUUACGGGAGAUCCCGACCGGACUUUUGCUCUUAAGAAGUUUACUGACCACGGGGACUUUGCGGCCUCAUUCGUUCGAGAAUUCUCCAUGCUCGAGCGACUGUUCCGAAAGAAACAUCCACAUAUCGUCACUCAUAUAACAAGUUGGACCCAACGAAAUGUUCAUUACAUUCUGUAUCCUCGCGCGACGCGCAAUCUUCGAAUACACAUGAAAUCCCACAGGUCACCAGGAAGAAGUGGAGUCAAUGUUGCCUGGCUAUUGCGCCAAUUCAACGGCCUGGCCAGCGGGCUUCGCAGUAUUCACGAAAUGACGGAAGAGGCUCCCGGCAUGAACCAAAACAACCACUUUGUAUACGGAUACCACCAUGACAUCAAGCCGGAGAACAUUCUUCUGUUUGAACAUGUUGAGGGAAGGAACCCAGUUUUCAAGCUGUCCGAUUUUGGAGCAGGCAAGUUCCACAUCAUGCCUAAGAACCAUUUCAACAAGCCCAGCCAACAGAGCUCUCAGCUUCGUGGCACAUUGUCGUACUACGGCCCGGAAUACCGGGGAUCCAAGACAAGACCCUUCGACAUCUGGGCCCUGGCUUGCGUCUUCUUUGAAGCCACGAUCUGGUUCGCCUUGCCUCAUAACCACCUUGCCAUAUUUCAGUCUCUGCGCGAGGAAGAAUCACGCCAAAUUUUCGGCUGGAGAGACGACUUUUACUGGAGAGAGUGCGGGAAUGGUUCAGCCAAAAUCGAACUCCGGCCGGCAGUCACGGAAUAUUUCGCAUUGCUGGGAGGAGAAUUGGCCAAAGGGCCGGAUGAGAUCGGUCGUCUCUUGCUUGGGAUGUUAGAUCUGAUCAUGGAGUGCUUCAAGAUACAGCCUCAAGAGAGACCUAAAGUGGGAGAGCUCUGCGACAGGCUCGACGAACUCCAAAAGAAGGCAGAGACACUGUUCAAGAACUUUGAACGCGAGGUCUCGACCCCAUCGGGGAGUUCAGGCCACAGCGUCAAGUCGAAUGACGGCAACGUCUCGGAGAGCGAAGACUUCUUUACACGAUCGCCGAGCCAGCGGAACCACACCUUCCCGGAAGAUCAGGCAUCUCAUCGCCAUCGAUGA